UUCAUUAAAAUAACAGGCCUGCAACAGGCAACAUACAAUUUAUAUGAGAAAUAAAGAUAAGGAUAAGAAUUUUAAAUUUCAGAAUAAUGCAAAAGAUUCUUUUGAUAGGCAUUAUCUUGAAGAUGUGGGGCACUUAUUAUUAUUUCAAUGAAAGUUUUAAGACUGGCCUGAACCAUUCAAACUAGCUAACCAUUUUAAAACCCAUUUUAGAUUCCUGUAGUUGCAGCCCUUCACUAGCUUCCAUCCAUAACCUAAAAAAUUCUUCACAGAUAAUGUGGAUUCAAUCAAUAUUGAAUGAUUUCUUCAAGGCCAUAAAGUGAGGGGCAUGAAAAACUUGUCAAAUUAUGACAAUUUUAAAAAAAUAAUUCAAAACUAUGGUGGUGGCAUCUUCUGUCAUCACAGAUCCCAAUUAUAUACAAUGUCUAAUCUGCAUUACUCGGUUGUUAAAGCUUUGGUUGGGUUGUCUCUGUAUCAUAUAUUCUUAUUCUUCUUCAACAAUCUUUGCUUGAGAUUUAGUGCUCUGUACAAUGGAUAUAAUUAGAAUUAGACCCAUAAUCCUUCUUGUUGUGAUGCUUUUGGCCUUUCAAACACCCAUCUGUAAUGGAGGAAGGUUCAGGCUUCAAAGCUCUUUAGUUUUCCACUUUCAGCAUGGACUGCAUAGACUUGAAGCAGUUUAUGCAAGGACUGAGAGCAAUGGGAAUAUAGAAUAUGGCCUUAGAACUGAUGAAUUAUUGAAAGGAAAUGAAGAAAAUGGGAUUGCUGAGGAAGAAGAAGAGGAGGAGGAGGAGAGAAGAUAUGAGAGAAAAGUUUAUCCCGCUGAUAAACUUUUGCAGACCAACAAAGCAGAUGGAACAGUAUCUUACAUACUGGGUGGUUAUUAAACCAGAAUGUGAGGAUUAAUGAAAGUGUAUGGAUUUCUAAUAUAUGGACUUUUGUUUAUACCUUUUAUUCAGCCUUUCCCACAAUUAAGGCUUUGCAUUUUUAUCAAUGGAUUU